UUCUCCCCAAGCUCAGGAAAAGGAGACUGCAUCUAUCUUCGUCUACCAGUUUCCCUUUUGUUGUGGCAAUGGGUUGUGUUUCAUCUAAUUUGCUGAACCGGGAUGACGAGUUCACUCAACUCGGUAGCACAGCAUUCGGUCACCACAUUGUUUCACUCACUUCCACCACGUAUGGGCUACUCACUCUUGACCCCCCGUCGCAAUCCACCACUACGCCGCCCUCUCCAGACCCAUCUUUCGCCUCCGUAUCCACCUUCGGUGAGUCCAAAUCGCUCUGUUCAGAGACCAGACUCGUCCCUCUCCAGCCCGAGAUCAUUAACUCCUGGGAGCUCAUGUCCGGGCUCGAUGCCGAUAGCUUCCGUUUCUCUCCAAUUCUGAACCCUAUUAUUGUAAAAAGCGGCGGCGUUCCAAAGCGGCGGAUCUCACGAUCUUCGCUGCUGGAGAAAUUCCAGGCGGAGAGCUUCCGUUUCCCUAACACACUGCUCCCCGAAAAGGAAAACGCCGAUCCUAAUUUAAACAAAAAAGGCACCUUCACGAAGACUCCUCUUUCGAGUUCUUCACCGCAGCACAAAUCCGAUUCCGGAAGUGAAUCUGUUUCGAAACCAUCGGUGCUCGACAAAUUCGAGAAUAUAUGUCCACCAAACGGAGAAAACAGAGUGGUGCUUUAUACGACGACGUUGAGGGGAAUCCGUAAGACAUUUGAAGACUGCAACGAGGUUAGAUCAGCGAUUGAAGGUUACGGGGUUGUUAUUUGCGAGCGGGAUAUUUCGAUGGAUCGAGGGUUCAAAGAAGAGUUACGGGAAUUAACGAAAGGGACAAACCAAGCGACGCCGCCGCAGGUUUUCAUUAAGGGGAGGCACGUUGGGGGAGCGAAGGAAGUGAUGAGGAUGGUGGACGAAGGUUGGUUUGGGGAUUUAAUUAAGGGUUUGCCGAAGAAAAGAGCAGGGAAGGUUUGUGAUGGGUGUGGGGAUGUGAAAUUUUUGCCGUGUUUUCGGUGCAACGGUAGCUGUAAGAUGGCGGCGGCGACACCAGCGUCGGGGAGGAGCACGGUGGUGGUCAGGUGUACGGACUGUAAUGAGAACGGUUUGGUCCUUUGCCCCAUCUGUAGCUGAUAAAUUGAAUCAUUGUAUGGUUUACAUUCAGUAUAUUUAAUAUCUAAGUGUUCGAUUGCAUGUUUAGCUGAUUAAUCUCUUUUUGA